AAAUCCAGCGUCUGCUGCACGCAAAUAAAGAAAUUUAUUGAGAGCAGACGAGGAUACCUCUUCCUAACCACUCUCACCACGCCAGCUGCGGCCGAACUUAGCACUCCUUACGGGAAACCGCGAAGACAUGAUCCAGGCCAAAACAUGUCUGUGAGCGACCCACUACUGAAGCAGCUCAAAGACCACAUAUUCGACCUUCGUCGCCAUUGUCUGGUGUUGAACAUCGAUGACACCAAUGAACUACUCCUACCAUUCUGCACAACUCUGGAGCUCAUCUUCCGAAAAGGAAUCAAUGUGCAAAAAAAUACUCCCCUUGGUAGCCUGCGCCGAGACUACUGGAAUGUGUUUUUCGCCAUGCUGCGCUUGAAAAAGCAGGACAAGUUACCACUGCGGCUGGCUACGUCUAUUCAGACCGUCAAAGACUUCAAAAAAGUGAAAACGUCGCAAGGGAAAGGUCGACUCCUGCUCCGGGUAUUGCUCAAGCGUCGUCUGCUGAGGGCAGCCGUCGCGUGUCUUCGAGAAUCACCGGGCCUUAUUGCCGUUAUGUACGACCAGUCUCACUCAAUACUCGGGAACGAGAUACUCGCAGAAAUCCUGCUGUCCCUUUUGUACGAGGUGGAUAAGAUUACCUUCAGUAUAACCCUGCGGAACGCCACCUUCCUGGACGAGACAUGGCAUUUAGGGCUCUACCACUGCUUCGAGCUUGUACCAUGCGAUACAUUGGGCAUCAGCAUUGGGUUUGCCGCUGGAGUUCCUGUGGUCACACAAGUUGAAGAAGGAAGUGUCGCGGGGGAAGACGGCAAAAUACAAGUAGGGGAUGUGCUGGACGAUUUGUAUGGCGAGGCACUGAAAGGACGGAAGCGAGGCACAAUCUCCACACUUCUGGACCACUUCAAGGGCAUGCCGGUGUACGUCUCUGUCAUCAAGAGCUACCUAGCAGAUGGCACCACGUACCCACCUAUCGCGAAUAUCCUCAACAGACUCAGACUGUCACCACCUCGUGAAAAAAACGCACAGAGGGGAUUCACGGAUAGGAACUCUCCCGACUUGUUUUCCGAUUCGCCUGGAGCGUCGGGAGUGCCAGUGAAUACACCGCAUGAAAGUGCAGCCUAUGCAGCUGUGUAUAUUGGGAAAACGUACGUUGGAAGUGCUGGUCAUGUUUUGGAGAUCGAAAAGGCCAUCCGGGACGUCACCUUCAAGGAGUCCGACACACACGUGAAACACAGAUUACCGGUAUGGCUCGACCUGAGUGACUGCUACUUCAAGGUCGUCAGCCGGUUCACCAAAGAGAUACUCCUGGAGAAGCAUUUUACUGAGAUCGCUUCCUGCGGUAAAUCAAACAACUUUCCGUGCAUCUUCGCCGUGGUAGCUGGUGAGACCACCUGUACGGUUUCCAAACACUUCUACAGUUACGUGUUCCAAGUCAAACAAACGAGCAUUGCUCAAACCAUCCUCUGCACCAUAGCUGAAGGAUUUACGAGAACAAGCUGGUCUGUUUGAAGUACGAAAAAGAAAUGCUUCAACUAGAUGAUCAAGGACGCAAAACACGAAUAACAGCUAUGACCAUAAGGAAAAAAUCUCCU